CCUUUUUUUGAUCUUUAAAAAAAAGUCUUUCUGUCGUCGUGGUUGCGCUAGCUUUUCCCGCUGUGCUGUAUUACGCCAACAAUCACAAUGGUUGCCGCUAAGAAGCAAAAAAAGACCAUUGAGUCUAUCAACUCACGCCUCGCGUUGGUAAUGAAAUCGGGCAAAUAUUGCCUGGGUUACAAGCAAACUCUGAAGACCCUCCGUCAAGGAAAGGCGAAGCUGGUUAUCAUUGCCAAGAAUGCACCUCCUCUAAGGAAAUCAGAGAUUGAAUAUUAUGCGCUUUUGGCAAAGACCGGAGUCCACCACUACAGUGGAAACAAUAUUGAACUUGGCACAGCUUGUGGUAAAUACUACAGAGUAUGCACACUUGCCAUCACAGACCCAGGUGACUCUGAUAUCAUCACCACACUGCCUGAAGCGACAGCCUAGAUAAGUACAAUAAAUAGACCAUAAAAACCA